AUGCGUUCCAUCAUAUUCUCAAACAACCUUGCUUCGGCAACCUCUCGUUUUGGACCUACCAUCGACGUCGAAAUGAAUCAUGUUAGAUUCUUCGGUUCCCUCACUCUGAAUCUUUGGGACUGUGGAGGUCAAGAGGCCUUUAUGGACUCGUUUCUCGCUUCCCAACGGAACACCGUAUUUCGGGAUGUCGGCGUGCUCAUAUACGUUUUCGACAUUGAAACUAAGGACUUUGAGCGGGACGUCUUGUAUUACAUCGAAUGUCUGGAGGCGUGCAAAAAGAACAGUCCUGAAGCUGGGAUAUUCGUGCUUAUUCACAAGAUGGACCUUGUUUAUGGGGGGAAGAAAGAGAAGGAUCGUGCAUUCGGUGCGAAGAAACGGGAAUUGGACAAAUACAGUGGGAACACUUUGAUCAGGAUGUUCGCAACGAGUAUCUGGGACGAAUCUUUAUACAAGGCAUGGUCUCGGAUAGUUCACACUCUCAUACCAAACGCACCGCAACUAUCCGAGCAUCUGACGACGUUCUGCUCGAUAUGCUCCGCCACAGAAGUCGUUCUCUUCGAACGAAACACCUUCCUCAUCAUCGCCCGCAGUGGAAAGUAUACAGGCAACCUUGACGAUUUCUUCCCACCCGAUCCGGCCCCAGGGGCCGAAGAGGAAGAACUGAACCCAGGCCGAUUCGAGAAGAUGAGCGAACUCAUUAAAACCUUCAAACACUCUUGCAGUCGACUCCAGGAACAAUUCCACUCGCUUGAAAUCCGAUUCAGCAACUUCACAGCCGUACUCGAGCUGAUGACCAGCAACACUUAUGUAAUGGCAGUGGUUGCUGACACUGACGUCCAAACAGCAACGUUGCGGCUCAACAUUCGCCUUGCUCGGGAACGAUUCGAAGAAUUACAGCAGGGCAUGCUGACUUGA